AUGAAGAUAAUUGUGCUAGGAGCGGGCAUUAACGGCAUAACAUGUACAUUAAAAAUUAAGGAGAAAUAUCCGAAUUACGAUGUGACAUUAAUAGGUGCACAGUUCAGCCCAAAGACAACAGGAGACGGUUCUGGUGGUCUUUGGUAUCCGUAUCUAUGUGGAACUACACCCGAAUAUUUGAUAAGGAAAUGGGGUUUAGAAACAUACGAACUGCUUUUAAAAUUAUGGCGUGAAGGCGGUUACGGUAUAAGUCUACAGCCCAUCUACGUUAUGUACCGAAAGGAACCUAAACCGGCCCCUGAAUGGACAAAGAAAGUCUUUGGUUACACGGAAUUCGAUAGAAGACAGUUGGAUUAUUUCAAUAAUUUGUUUUGUGUGAAUUAUGUAGCUGGCAACACUUUCAACACGUUCGUUGUUAAUCCGUCUACCCUCAUAAAUAGAUUCGAGCAACAACUGGACGAUUUAAAAGUAAAACGAGUACAGGGUAGCGUUAAAUCAUUAAGGAACCCUUUUUUAAGCAAUUAUGAUGUAGUCGUCAAUUGUACGGGUCUUGGGGCGCGGGAAAUUGUACCGGAUGAUAGAGUGAUCCCUAUUCGGGGUCAAAUACUUAAGGUAGAUGCACCAUGGGUUUUUCAUACCAUCCAGGACAUAAACACUGGACAUUACAUAAUACCAAAUGACACCUUUUGCGUUAUGGGCGGGACGGGUCAAACCAAUAAUUUCAGUACAGCUGUGGAUGACAAAGACACGGACUUUAUAGUAAAAGGUUGUUACACAAUGAUACCAACGUUGAAGAGUGCAAAAACAUUGUCAUAUUUUGUUGGUCUACGACCGGGACGAGACGAAAUCCGUAUUGAGGCUGAGAAAAUUAACGGCAAAACGUAUAUCCACAAUUAUGGACAUGGUGGCAGCGGAUUCACCCUGUUUUGGGGUUGCGGCAACACAGUCUUACAACUAUUAGAGAAAUACACAAUGAUCAAUAAAACAAGUAAAUUGUAA